GCGACUAGUUACUCACAGGCCCUGGUAGCAUGCGGUUCGUGGUGAUGGCCCUCCUCACGGCCCUCGCGUCUGCUACUCCGGCGCCAGAACCUCAGCACGACGACUCCCUCGAACACGGGGCCAUUUUGAGGGACGACCGACUGCUGGACGACCACCUGGUGGACGACCACCUGGCGGGCGACCACCUGGCGGGCGACCACGACAGGUUCAACUUCGGGGUCGAGCCCACUAAUGGCAUCUUCCUGUCAGAGUCGGGAUUCGGUCAGCUGAAGAACGUCUUCCACGGCGCUGGGUCCUUCUCGUACACCGCCCCCGACGGCACCCCGAUCUACGUCGAGUUCGUGGUCGACGAGAACGGGCGAGGCUUCCAGACCCACCAGAGCCUCCUGCCCCCGACGUCGCCGUUCCCGAGGCCGAUCCCCAAGGUCGUCCUCGACCAGAUCACGAAGGCCGCUGAGGAGGGCGCGCCGACACGAGCCCACCGUCACCUCAGGGACCCCAAACUACCCCUUGGGGCUUCUUGAUAUCUCUCUUCUCAUCUCAUCUCGUCAUUUCUGUUUGUGUUGUCAUUUCAUAUUUUUGUAUCGAUAUGUAAGGAUCAUCACUUGGUGUAUUGAUUUACCGAGAGUGAGGAAUAAAAGAAAUGUUACAAAUA